GCAAGUUGAAGUGUUCUUCCUCUCUUGUCUUCCUUGAGUUCUUGUUUUUCCUAUUCUUGUUUCUCUUUCAGAACAAGGCCCUUAUCUAGAAAACAGAAAAAUGGAGGGAAAUGGACGCUUGGCCAAUUUUAUUCAAAGGUGUAAGCCUUACAUGGCCAUGAUAUCUCUACAAUUCGGCUAUGCCGGCAUGAAUAUAAUCACUAAGGUUUCCCUCAACGGUGGAAUGAGCCAUUAUGUGCUAGUCGUGUACCGGCAUGCCUUUGCCACUGCUGUUAUUGCUCCUUUCGCUAUUGUUCUUGAGAGGAAAGUGAGGCCAAAGAUUACAUUUCCCAUUUUGUUGCAAAUCUUUGUUCUGGGUCUUCUUGGGCCUGUGAUUGAUCAAAACUUCUACUAUAUGGGGCUUAAAUUCACUUCUCCUACAUUCUCUUGUGCCAUGAGCAACAUGCUACCUGCAAUGACAUUUGUGAUGGCCGUUCUUUGCAGGAUGGAGAAAGUGGACAUAAAGAAAGUGAGAUGCCAAGCAAAGGUGAUUGGGACUGUUGUAACAGUGGGUGGAGCUAUGUUGAUGACAUUAUACAAAGGUCACGUCAUCAAUUUGAUUUGGUCUGAGCAUGUCCAUACCCAUACAUCCUCUCUUCCUGACACCACUGGAUCAGAUGACAAAGACUGGCUUAAGGGUUCUAUUCUUCUCAUCUUGGCCACUCUUGCCUGGGCCUCGUUCUUCAUUCUCCAGGCAGUAACACUUAAGAGGUAUUCAGCUCAGCUCUCACUAACUUCCCUUGUGUGCUUUAUGGGGACACUCCAGUCCAUAGUUGUCACCAUUGUAAUGGAGCAUAAGGCCUCUGCUUGGGCCAUUGGCUGGGACAUGAAUCUUCUGGCUGCUGCUUAUGCUGGAAUCGUGUCAUCAAGCAUUGCCUAUUAUGUGCAAGGACUUGUAAUGCAGAAAAGAGGGCCAGUCUUUGUCACUGCUUUUAGCCCUCUGAUGAUGAUCGUAGUGGCAAUCAUGGGUUCUUUCAUUCUAGCGGAAAAGAUUUAUCUUGGAGGUGUUCUUGGUGGUGUAUUGAUUGUAGCAGGACUUUACUUGGUCCUGUGGGGCAAGUACAAGGAAUACAAAGAAGAAGAAGCAGAGACAAUUCCAGAGUCUAUUGAGGGCAAUGACCAAGAUAAUCAAACAACUGACAUAGAAAUGCAAAGAAAUCAAGGACUAGCUGUCCCAAUUUCACUGUCAUCCAUGGAAGCACCAAGAGCGUGAUUAGUUUAGGAAACGAGAGAGAAAUAAUGGAGGGAAAAAAAAAAAGCUCUUUUUGUUAUUUUACCUCACUGUUUUUCAUUUCUUAUUUUUUACUUAUUUUGAAUCUUAACCUUUCGAGAUAUAUUCUGCCCAAGAAACUGGAAAUGAGAAACCAUGAAAAGAAUUUUGAGUUUCUUUA